UGCAGUGCCUGACAGCAGCAGAGGGCACACUGUCCACACUCUUGGCUUCUCAGGCAGCCAGCCAAGCCAAAUCUCAUGAAGUUGCAGACGAAGAGCAGCACUUGCUGAAUGCCCUGCUUAGCAUACUCAUGCUGUGUGACUACCACGAAGGCGAACUCACCAGUGUACUGGUGAGUGUUAUCGAAAAGUUGGAUGGGUGGCGAGAGUUUGAAUCCACGUCACUUGGCAAGGCUAAAUCAGAGAGGGCCUGGUGGUUUCAGUCACUGCAAAGUCUGUUGAUGCCUUAUCUGCAGAGUGUUGUAGCAAGCCUCACAACACCCAUCCUUACAAGCACACGAGAGAAGCAGUGCUUGUGGCUGCAUCAAAUGUGGGAGGAGAUUGAGCAGCACUCCAAAACUUCGAGUAACCUGCAGGGGGAGAGCCUGUUGGUGGAACUGCUGUCAUGUACCAUGGCUGUGGUACCAACUUUUCCUGCACCACUGCUGGCCUGCUUGACCAGGCUAGGUGGGCUUGUUGCCAAAGUGGGUGUGGUCUCUGCUAGCAACUCAGCUGCCAUGCAGGUGCUGCUGUCAACACUGUACGACAUUCUUCACAGCUCGAGGCAACUGGAUGAGCUCUUUGGAUCUCGACUUGACUCAAAGAUAAAUCUAGAGUGUGCUCACAUUGCAAAUGAGAUGAUAGCACAUGCACUGCAGCUUACUGGACACCAGGAAGACGAACUACUUGGAAGCCAUGAUUGUGAUGAGAGAGUGCUCAACUGCUUGAACUUGCUGGCUGGAUUACUCACUGCAGAAAGGGACACAUCUUGGGAAGAAAGCCUCUCUCGGACAGCUGAAGAUAUUACUCUGGGUUUGGUUGCAGAACAGCUGAUGAGAACACCACAAGGGCCACAGAACAUCAAAUAUUUGCACACUGUGCUUCGUCAAAACGAGCCCUGGAUAAGACAUACCCUUGCCAUCCCACCAUCAGACCACCACAUGGUUACACUGCCUUCGCAGAGCAUACUUGAUCUUAGGAGCAGUCAUCAGACAACAAAGGAACACAAGUUCAACCCUCUAGAAGCAUAUGCCACCUGCCUACAUAUCGCACAAAACUGUGACAAGACUCCUACUCCUUAAUAAAGCUUUUU